UCAAACCCAUCCCCUCCCCGACUUUCUCUGUCCGAGUACAAGCCUCGGUCUACUGUCGAGCAUAUAUUCCAGACGGUCGAAACUUGGAGACUUUGUGGGAUUCCAGAUUCCACCCCUUCUUCGUUCGAGUUCUCUGUCUCCCCACAAGAACUCGAAGAGUUAGAGAAGAAAGUCUCUGAUAGUCACAAGACGGUUGUUGAUUUUUGGGACCGUGCAAUUAGGUAUGCUAUUCUUCGUGUUGUUCUCUUUUACUAGCUGACUACUUUUAGAUAUAAUUAUUUAUCUUCCGAAUCCCUCCUCAUCAUGAAAGUGCUCACACGCAAACACGAAAUCGCCGGCGCGGAGAUUGUUAAAUCUAUUCGACAACAACUUGACAUUAUGAGUGCUAUCGCUACUCAAAUUGUUAAAGAUUUCAUUGCCGAUAUCAGAGAAGAAGCUUCUGCCGGUGUUGUGGCUCUCGAAACCACUGCGGUCGCUGGUGACAAGCAUUGUCCUGACGGCUCUUUCACCUUCCGCCUAGCAGAGUUUCCGUCAGUGGUCAUUGAGGUUGUCCACAGUCAACUGUUCAAGGACCUGAGAAAAAUCGCCGAGUCUUACAUUCUUGGCUCGAAAGGAGAGACUCGGGUGGUUCUUGGCCUGGACAUUACGUACAAGGGCACGAAGAAGGCGCCAAGUAAAAGGGGUAUGGUGUCCACAUGGGUGUCGAAUGGUCAGGGGCAAGACGUCGACCACCCCCAUGUGGUCGAGUACGGUAUCAAGAAAAAAGUAAGUUACGCCACGCAAACUGUAUACUUAUAUUGAUUUUGAGUAGAUCUUCCGUGACGCGGACGGCAACUGCGUCAACCCCGAGCAAGGGAUAACUAUCCCGUUGACAGACUUCUGCCCAAAAGAC